AUUUAAAAUCUUGUGAAAUAGAGUACUUCUUAGAAUUGAAUUUUAUUUUUAAUUUAUUUAAUAUGUGAUUCAUUUUUAGUGCCAUAACUAUUAUUGCUUUAUCAAACUGGUGUAUUUUUUUCGAAGUGUUUAAUCCUUAAUUGUCAAAAAUGUCGAUUAUAACUAAAUCAGUUUGCAGAUAUUUAGAAAAUGCUUUAUACUUUAAAACGCCAAAAUAUUCUGCGUGCAGAUUUCUUUCAUUGAAUUCUACCAGAGAAACUAAAGAAACUAAUGAUACUAUGCAAGAUGUGAAGAACCGUUUGAUGAGAAUUAUGGGAGUGGAACCAGGUUUUAAACCAUUAUUACAAUCUAGAGAACACUUAGCAAAAUUUACACCCAAAUCUCAAUCAGAACUUCCUAGUCGCUCAAUGCAAGAUAGUUUUACUUCUGCAGUAAUUCCUCUGAGCUCAGAUACUACGUUGCAAGAUAAAUAUGUAACAUUUUUAGGCCAUGUUAGAUUAGGGAGGCUCAUGGAGGAUAUGGACUUAUUUGCUGUGUGGGUUGUCAAUAAGCAUUUAGUUAUACCAAAUCUGCAGGAAGGUAUACCAUUGCCAUAUACUUUAGUAACUGUAUUGGUCGAUGAAAUAGAUUUCACAGAUUAUAUACCGAAGCAUGAUGCUGAUAUUAGGUUGUCAGGCCAUGUGAGUUGGGUAGGAAAAUCAUCAGUAGAAGUAGUUGUGUGGUUAGAACAGCAAUCCCAUGGUUCAUGGCAAAAAAUUACUCGUGCAUUAUUUUUAAUGGCUGCUAGAAAUCCUUCAAAUACUGGAGCAGCGGUUGUGAAUCCUUUGCAACCCAGUACAGAUGAAGAGAGACAAAUCUUUGAAGGAGGCCUAAAUCGCAAGAUGAGGAGGCAAAAAAUUUCUCAAGAAUCAUUAUUUAAGGUCAUACCAAAUGAAUCAGAGCAGCGUACUAUUCAUGAUUUGUUCAUACAGACAAUAGAAACAAAUGAUCAAUCCUUUACUUCACGUAGCUUACCUCCUUCAUCUAUGUGGAUGGAAAAUGCAAAGUUAUCAAAUUUAGUUUUUUCCCAUCCAGAAGAUCGAAAUCUUCAUAAUAAAGUAUUUGGUGGGUUUUUGAUGAGACAUGCUCUGGAACUUUCAUGGGCAGCAGGUUAUCUUCAUAGUAAACAUCGGCCAAAGUUAGAGCACAUCAGUGAUAUCAGUUUCCAUAAGCCUGUGGAUGUAUCUUCUUUACUGAGAAUGCAUGCAUAUAUAGUAUACACAGAGCUUAAGUAUAUGCAAAUAGUGGUUUAUACUGAUGUAUAUGAUCCAAAUACUGGCUCCAGCAACACAACAAAUGUAUUUCAUUAUACAUAUUCCAUUCCUGAUAAAAUGCAACAGGUUAUUCCAAAAACUUAUCAUGAAGCCAUGAUGUACCUUGAUGGUCGAAGAAGAUUUCAACAUGUAAAAAAUCUUAACACAUUAGGGGUAUAAAUGCCAUAGUUUUCAACUUUCUUG